UGAUGGUUAUGAACUAACGUACUCACCUGGUCCAGCAGCUUAGCUCAGUGCUAACUUUUUGGCAACUGUCAGAGGUUUGGCUCGUCUGAGUUCAGUGUGAAACAACCGUAUUAAGUUGGACGCUAAAGGCGGAGGAGUUAAAUCAGUCCGAUUGUCCGCGCUGACCUCGGAGCCUGCUGAUGAAACUGACCAAUGUCAAGUAGCAACGCAGAAGCCAGAGUGAAGCUAGCAGCGGUCAGCUCGGGCUUCCGGUGAUGGCAGUUGGACUGACUCAGAAGUCACACUCGCUGCCUCAGAAGGUGCACCUGAAGAUGAGCUUACUGAAGCACGUCUUGUGCAAUGGCACACUGAGACGCGUGUCAACGAUGCGCCCCCUCCUGUUAGCCCUCACCACUGAUGAACUGACAGUGGCAGCAAAGGGCCUUCGACUCUGCCCAACACGUUCACCGGGCUGCUGCUUGCUGUCGACCUCUUCUAGCAUCAGGGCAGCGCAUCAGCCCAAACAUCAACCCCCAGAGGGCGACGCCCAGUCCACGACACAGUUGAGAGGAGAGACGACUCCUGAAGAGGUGGACCCCCUGCAGGACAAGUCCAUCGGUCUGGUACAGAGGUUUAAGAGGACUUUCAAACAGUACGGGAAGGUGCUGAUCCCUGUGCACGUCGUCACCUCCACCGUCUGGUUUGGAAGCUUCUACUAUGCUGCUAUGCAAGGCAUCAACGUGGUGCCAUUUCUAGAGAUGAUUGGUCUUCCUGAGUCAUUGGUGGGUCUUCUGAGAGACUCGUCCAGCGGAUACGCUCUGACUGCCUACGCCAUGUACAAGAUAGCAACUCCAGCCAGGUACACGGUCACACUGGGGGGAACGUCCCUGUCCAUACAAUACCUCCGGAAGCACGGCUACUUGUCCACCCCGCCGCCGGUGAAGGAUUACAUCCAGGAUAAAAUGGAAGAGACGAAGGAGAAACUAACGGAGAAGAUGGAGGAGACAAAGGAGAGAUUUUCUGAAAAGAUGGAAGAAACAAAAGAACGAUUUUCUGAAAAGAUGGAGGAGACUAAAGAUAAACUGUCUGAGAAAAUUCAGGAAACCAAAGACAGGGUGUCUGAGAGUAAAGCCUUCUUCAGGAAGAAAGAAUAAGACAGAAUCGCUGCACGUCAGAGACGCUUUGCACUUUCUUUCACUGUCCUCACCUCACGACUCACUCAGCACAUGUUGUCACCAUCCGGUCAUAAUGACCAGCUGACAGAACGAUUCCGGAGCACUUUCCCAGACCCUGUUAGAGAUGUUUCCUGUGCCGAGACAGUGCCAGAGCUCACAGAGCUCAUCCACACUUGCAGCUGACACUUCUUGUUGUCCAUCUAGUCAGAGCCUUUGUGAAGGCUGGAUGUCUGCAUGUGGUCGCUCACAGUUUUUCUAUUGUGUUUCUACUACAGCUAAUGCUAACCAGAGAGGUCCCAACAGUUUACGUGUGUGGAUGUGUUGCCGACGCUCGUUCCAUAUGGAGACGCUCAGAAAAUGUUGACUGUCAGCCGACUGAGUUUUCUGUUCUGGAAAUUUCAAUAAAC